AAGAUGAUCAUGAAGAAUGCGACUAAAGCAGUAGAGCGCGAACUAUGAUCGUGUACUUAUCUUUAUCAUUGCCAUCUAACCUCAUCGUGAUUUAGCAUCUGGCUGUGGCAAAAUUACGACGAAGAAUUUGAACUUGACAUAUUCCUUAAGUUUUCAACGUAAUUACGCGAGAUGGUGAAAGCAAGGAAAUACGUGCUGGUGAAGCAUUUCACGGACAAGCCGAAGCCGACGGACUUAAAGUUGGUAGAGGAAGAGUUGCCUGCUUUGAAGAAUGGAGAAUAUCUUGUGGAAGCUGAGUACCUUUCCGUGGACCCAUAUAUGAGAGUAUACACGCAAAGGUGUCCAGUAGGAAUAACAAUGAUCGGUACUCAGGUUGCUAAAAUCAUCGAAUCCAAGAAUCCGGACUACCCAGUUGGCAAGAGAAUUGUUGGAUCUUUGGGCUGGAGAACUCAUACAAUUGUCAAUCCUGAGGCCGGCGAAGUCGACAAGGGGACGCUUUCACCGUAUAUUUUGCCGGACAUAGGCGAUCUACCAUCGUCUCUCGGCAUAGGCAUGUUGGGAAUGCCAGGCAAUACUGCCUACUUUGGUUUGAUGGAGAUAUGUCAGCCAAAAUCUGGCGAAACGAUCGUUAUCAGCGGUGCAGCCGGCGCAGUCGGUUCUCACGUAGGACAGAUUGCUAAGAGUCUGGGUCUGACUGUCAUCGGCAUAUGUGGUUCCGACGAUAAAUCCAAAUGGCUCACCGAGGAGUUAGGUUUCGACGCCGUUAUCAAUUACAAAACUACGUCAGUCGCGACUAGUCUACGCAAAGCCGCUCCGCAAGGCGUCGAUUGCUAUUUCGACAAUGUUGGUGGAGAUAUUUCGAGCACAGUUCUUUAUCAGAUGAAGCCAUUCGGUCGAAUAUCUGUGUGUGGCAGCAUUUCGUCGUACGAUUCUGAUGCGUCGUCCUCUCCGAAGUGCACGCUUCUGCAACCUGCAAUAAUAUUUAAUCAAUUAAAAAUGGAAGGUUUCAUCGUUCGGCGAUGGCAGGAUCGUUGGUUCGAAGGAAUCCAACAAAAUUUACAGUGGAUCCGCGAGGGCAAGCUCCAUUAUCACGAGACUGUAACCAAGGGCUUCGAUAACAUGUUCGAUGCGUUUGUCGGCAUGCUGCAGGGUCAGAAUGUUGGCAAGGCAAUCGUCAAGGUGUAAAAUCGAGGUCGUGCAUGUAGCUAGACUUGCUAUAAAUAUUUACACAUUUGUGAUAACAUGAUAAAGUUUCUAUAUUUUUGAUGUAAAAAUUUAUCACCUUUACAUUUUAUUUUCUACGAUAUUUCAAAAGUAUUUUUGAUACAUUAUAUAAUCUAAUCUUAUUAUAAGCAUUUAAACGACAUUUAAAAGUAAAUAAUGUAUCAGAAUUUAUGGAAUACGUGCACCAUGCUCGAUAUAAAACUUUAAAUAGGGAGGUUUUAAUACAUUGAAUUAAAAAUACCUAAUAUUGAGUUACUUAAUGAAUUUUGUAAAGUCAUUUUCUAUGGAUGGGGAUAUAGCAGUACACUAAUGACGCUAAUAAAGUGCUAAUACGCGGUAUAGAAUAUAUAGAAACACCAUACUUUAUAUGUUUCUCCUUAUGCUCCACUUUAUAUGUUCCUGUAACAAUAAGAGAGAGCCUGACAAAAAUAUCAAAUAUAAAAUGAACAUUGUACUAUAGAAAUAAUGACUUCAUCGAAGAUAUUAAACAAAUUGUAAUAUAUUCGCAUUUGUUAGAGCAAUAAAGAAAUUUUCUUUUAAUAAAUAAUAACAGAGCAAGAACUUA